AUGGAGGAAGAAGGAGAAGAUGUUGUAGAAGAUGGAAUUUGGACAAAACGUAGUGUACCAAGAACAGAUGUUCCAUUCACUAAAAGUUAUGGUCCAAAUAUUCCGGUAAAUGCAAAAACACCAUCGGACAUAUUUAGUUGCUUAUUUCCCCACAGCCUUGUUGAAAAAAUAGUUGAGCAAACAAAUUUAUAUGCUCAACAAAAGAAUAGUAAACAGGAACCAGUAAAUAAAAGUGAAAUACUCAUAUUUUUGGGAAUCAACAUUCUGAUGGGUGUCAAAAAAUUACCGUCAUAUCGGGAUUACUGGGCAUCUAAUCCUCAAUUGCAUGAUGAAUACAUAGCUUCUUUGAUGACAGUGAAUCGGUUCGGUUUCCUUCUUAGUCACUUACACGUAAGUGAUAACAGUAAAGAACCAAAAAAAGGAGAUCCGAAGUAUGAUAAAUUAUAUAAGUUGAGACCUGUAAUUGAGGCACUAAGCGAGACGUUCAAAACCUGUUGGAAACCGGGAAAAUAUCAAUCAAUUGAUGAGUCCAUGAUAAAAUUCAAAGGACGAAAUAGUAUGAAACAAUACAUGCCUGACAAACCAAUAAAACGUGGUUAUAAGUCUUGGACAAGAGCAGAUGAAUCUGGCUUCGUAUGCGAAUUCCAAAUAUAUACUGGAAAAACAGAGUCAACAGAGAAACAAUUAGGAGCUCGAGUAAUAAAGGAUCUAACGCGCGAACUCGUUGGUGGAAACCACCAUGUCUAUUUUGACAAUUUUUUUACGGGGGUAGAUCUUUUAGUUAGUUUAAAAAAAGAUAAUAUUUUCGCAUGUGGUACCGUUAGAUCAAAUCGAUCAAAAUUGACGAAAAGCCAGAAGCCGGAUAAAAGUUUUAAAAUAGGAGAUUAUGAAUCUAGAACAUCAACCACAGGCCUGCAGUGGAUCAAAUGGAUGGAUAAAAAGCCGUUAUACUUUUUAUCCAAUUAUCAUGAUCCUUCUGAAACCACUGUAGUCAAUUGUCGGCAAAAGAAUGGAUCGUUGCUACCCAUCAAUUGUCCAGUUGUAUGUGCUGAUUACAACAAGCACAUGGGAUAUGUUGAUCAUGCUGACAGAUUGAUAGCAACAUAUAAAAUUGAUCGAAAGUCCAAAAGAUGGUGGUUGAGAUUAUUUUGGCACUUUGUAGACCUGGCGGUAGUGAAUUCUUUCGUCAUAUACAAAGAACAGAAUAUUCAACCACCUCUGACAUUGAAAGAAUUUCGACUUCAACUGGUAUUAGAAUUAGUUGAUCAAAAACUGCGAAAACCAAAAGGUCAAAAACGGAAAAAUAAAGCCGUAAGUCAGCACAAGCCAAAAGUGUCUCUCACAAAAAGGCGGUCAGAGUCAUCUAACAUGCCUGUGCACCUAGACACAUUUAGACGCUGUGCACUUUGCAGCACGCGAGAAAAGGUAAAAAGAACGGCUUGGUGUUGCACACAAUGCAAUGUUCCUCUCUGUUUGUCCUCAGAAAAAAUACUUUUCAGAUUAUCAUAA